AUGGGUCAGAGCUUGUACUCUCUUGAUUUGUCGGAGAUGUACAAACAUAACCACGUCUACUUCGACCCCAAUAUCUGGUACCUGGACGAGGAACUCCGCAAGCAAGUCGAGACUUUCGCAAGAUCCUUCAUCAUGACAGGACAAGAGGCACCAGAGAGCAACAAGAAGCUUCACAUUGACCUCUACAAAAAGACUAUUUCCGCUGAUGGAAUCAUGGGGCGCAAGCCGUAUGGCCGUAUGGAUACAGCACCAAGAUGUUCCAUACAGUUGGAUGGACUAGGCGUCGGCAACAGUACGUUCAACUCCAUGUUCCGACGUGCCCUGGUGUGGAAGGCAAAAGCUCGUUUUCUCCACAAGAAGUUUCUCACUGCUUAUGAGGAUCAUCAGCUUGACGGCAUCUUCGAAGCAGACCCGAGUCUCAACAAGUUCCUGACCACAUCUCAGGCUUCCAUUGCGGGUCUGCGUCUCCAGUGGGCAUUCGAAAGAGACCACAACAAGGCGGACUGCUACCAAUUGAUUGAGGAUUACUGCUACGGGGGGGAUGGAUAUCUGUAA